GUCCGCCGCGCGCUCCCCUCCGCCUCCCAGAGCCGCCCACCAGGCAAAGGAGAGCCGCCGCUCGCGCCUGCUUGCAAACGCGCCUCGCAAGACGCAGGAGGCGGAGAGCCAGCGCGGGGCAUGCUUGGCGCGGGGCGCGCUCCUCUUGCUCGUCCCGAGACGCAACGGCUGCGAAGGGAGCCGGAGGGGCAGAGUCUGUCCCCGGGGCAAGAGUUUGGCUGCGGAAGCGCCUCGGUGGGGAAGUAGGGAGAAAAAGAAAGAAAGAAAGCCCCAAGGUCGCUGGUGCCUCUUGUUUCAAAGUGUUCAAAGAGAGAAGCGCCGAGUGGACAGAAGCGCUCCAAGGUCCCUGUUCUGUUACCCUGCUUUCCAUUCCUUCGCUUUUCACUUGGCUCUUCAAUAAGAGUUCCUGGAUUUACUGCCUAACUGGGGUAUAGUGAAAUGAAUAAAUUGGUGAAGAUGCUAAAGCAAACAUAUUUGGGGGCACUAUCCGUGGUGCUGAUUCUUUCUCUUGGGCUUCCGGAAACUACACUUGCGUGUCCUCAUCCAUGCGCCUGUUAUGUUCCCACUGAAGUUCACUGCACAUUUCGGUCCUUAGCAGCUGUGCCAACAAAAAUCUCUAAACAUGUGGAACGAAUCAAUUUGGGGUUUAACAGCAUACAGGCAAUAUCUGGAAACUCAUUUGCAGGUCUUGCAAAACUGGAACUGCUCAUGCUUCAUGGGAAUGACAUCCAAAACAUACCUAACGGAGCCUUAAAAGAUCUGACAUCACUACAGGUGUUCAAAAUAAGCUACAACAAGCUGCAGGUUAUAACUGGUCAAACCCUCCAAGGGCUUUCCAGCCUUAUGAGAUUGCACAUGGACCACAACCGAAUUGAAUUCAUCCACCCAAAUGCUUUUAAUGGAUUAACUUCCCUCAGACUUCUCCAUUUGGAAGGAAACUUGCUCCAACAGCUUCACCCCAACACGUUUUCUACAUUUCUGGUCCUUGAUUAUUUCAGGCUGUCGACAAUAAAGCACCUCUACUUGUCUGAAAAUGCCAUUAGAACACUGCCCAUGGGCAUUUUUCAAAAAAUGCCACUCCUAGAGAAUGUUUAUCUUCAUGGGAACCCCUGGUCUUGUGACUGCAGGUUGAAAUGGUUCCUUGAAUGGAAUCAGAAGUUUCCAGCUGUUUUAAAGUGUAAAAAAGACAAAGCCUAUGAAGAAGGCCAGCUUUGCCCUAAAUGCACCUUCCCUAAGCAAUUCCAGAAACAAGACAUUCAAAAUGUGAAAAAUGUUUCCUGCACAAAGCCUGUCAUACAGUCUCCGCUAAAACGGAGCAUUGGCCUCAAUGAGGAGGAGGAGGAGGAAGAAGAUGAUGUCUCUGAGUUUCCCAUGGAAGAAUUUCAGCUGUCUCCAUGGAACAUUACUCUGAACCUGACAGAUGAGCAUGGCAACAUAGUGAAUCUGAAGUGUGAAAUCAAGAAGCCAACAAACACCACCCAAAUUCAGUGGAGCCAGAACUCGCCUCAAGAAAUUGAAAUCAACGCAACCAUUUCCUUGGAUCUGGAAUGCCCAAUGAACCGCGAAAACUAUGAAAAAUUGUGGAAGCUUAUUGCUUAUUAUAGUGAAGUGCCUGUCAAGUUAGAAAGGGAGCAUGUGCUCAGCCAUGAACCCAAAUUAAGCUAUCAUUACAAGCAAGGUUCUGAUUAUGAUGCUCUUUACUACACAGGUGUCAAAGGGAGAAUCCUUGCUGAGCCUUCCUGGGUGAUGCAGCCACUGAUACAUAUCCAAUUGAACAGGCGCCAGAGCACAGGAAAAAAAGUAGUGCUCUCUUUUUCUACCCAAAUUUCUCAGACACUUCAGAUUCAAGAAAACAGACAGCAGAGAAGCAGCUGGGUUAUGAUAGAGCAAGACCUGCACACAAAGGCAGCUCAGAGUGUAGUGGAAGGUUCGGAUGCUCAGCUGAGUUGCAAUGUGAAGGCAUCAGAAAGUCCCUCCAUCGUGUGGAUGCUUCCAGAUGGGACUAAACUAAAAGCUCCAUCCAGAAUGGAAGACAGCAGGUUUUCUGUCCUCAGCAGCGGUCAGUUAGUCAUCAAAUCCGUGGCCUAUGCUGAUUCUGGUGUGUACCACUGUGUUGCUCAAGUGAGGAAUGAUGCAGACACAAUGGCCUACAGACUUCUGGUACAACCCCCAGUCACCCAGCCAGCUGACUCUGAGACGAUGAAAAUUGAAAAAAAUGUGGGGGAUUCCAUACUUCUGCCCUGCAGUGCGGUGGCUGUACCAGAUGCGCACAUAAGCUGGAUACUCCCAAGCAGCCAUGUCCUUCAUGAUUUAUCAAACUCAUCCAACAAGUACCUGUUAGACAAUGGCACCCUCUUAAUUCCACGCAGCCAUGUCAGUGACAGUGGGUACUACAGGUGUGUGGCUAUAAACCAACAAGGAUCAGAUCAAUUUGCUGUUAAAGUCACAGUAAAUAAAAUGGUCUCUGACAAAUCUUCAAAAAGGGUGAAACUAAAAAAACGCCUUGGUUCAAGAACCUCUGUAAAAGCAAAGGGGCGGGUCACAGAAGAUGAUGAGGGAUCAGGUGCUGAAGAGGCCGAUGAUACUCGGAGCAAAAAGAUCCACCUGAAGGACCAUGAAGUGCCCCUUAAAGAAAAGAAUGACAAUGUUCCUCAGGUUCAGGUUAAGAAGAACAAAAAAGGAAGGCACAAAAUGAAAUUAUGGAAAGGCAUGGACAGGACUGAAGAGAUCAAUGUUGCAGAGGGCCGUAGGGUAUUUGAAUCCCGAAGGAGAAUAAAUAUGGCCAACAAACAAAUUAAUCCGCAGCACUGGGCCAACAUUUUGGCAAAAGUCCGUGGGAAAAAUUUCCCUCGAACAACAAUGGUACCAGGCGCUUCCUUCAGGACUACAACAGAGACGCCAUCCAUGCACCAAACCACCAGCGCUCCUCCCAUUAUCAGCCCUCCACCAAACACUGCUGUGGAAGUCAAUGGAGAGGAGUCUUCUGCAGAUGCAAUGCAGCUAGGUGAGGCAGAAAUGUUCUCAGUCACAAUUCUUCCCACUGUCAACACACAGAAUAAUAACCAAGACCGCACACCAUCUAUAGCAAUGAGUACUGAGUCUUCCAUAGCAAGUGAAUUGUCAAACACGGGAGAAACACCUAUUGGAGGAGUUACUCUGAUCUCUCCAACUGUACAGACACAGGUGUGGGAUCAUAGUGAUUUGAGGAAAGAUGAUCCAUCAGGAGGACAAAAAGGCCUAGAUAGCUUCACCCAAGACCCUUCAAAUGAAGAAGUAAUGAGCAGUUUGCCUUAUCCAUUAUCCUCUGUGGAACUAUCACCUAAAUCACCUGUCCCUGCAAAAACUGAAGGUUCAGGAACAAAUUUACAGCAGAAAAGUAUGAAUAAGCUGCAUCAUGCUGUAAAACAUCCCACACAUUCUCAAACUGAAAACGAUAUUAAUUCAAUAGCCUCUACUACAAUUUUUGCUUCUGUGGCUACAGAAAGUGGUAGUAUAGAGCAUCAGCAAGGAAGAAUUUCUUCUGACCUUUUCAGGGGUUCUGAAGGUAUAAUACUUGAAAAAACAGAUGCUCAAAAACCCAAAGUCACUUUUACUGUAGAAAGUACCACUGCUCCACUUAACAAGAAAGGCCAAACAAUGACUGCUGCUGCCAGUAACAAAUCGACGACAAUGACCAUGAUUACAAGCAAAACAACUACCUCUAACUCACAGGUCAUCCAUCAUCCCAGAAGACGACCAUAUGGGAGAAGGAGAUUAAGACCAAAUAGGUUCAGAAGACCAAAACUUACCCCUCCUACUGCCUUCACCAUAGAAGAAACACCUUUUAUUAGAAAAAUAUCUAAAACGGAAGCUGCUACCCAAAGUUUGCAGAGUUCCAUUUUUAAAGGUCAUCCUAAAUCUGAUGCUGAAACACAACAUGGAAAUGAAUAUAAGCCUCUGGAAGGAAGUUCUCCAUUAGCUACAAGUACUGCUGCCUUAAGGAAGUCUACUGGGGCCCAAGACACAGAGGAAGCAUCAUUUCUUCAUCUUUCUACUUUGCAACCUAAAAUACCUGUAACUCUUUCCAAUGCUGCCAAGGACUGGAAAAGUCACAUGGUGACAACACCAACACCAGAUUCUCUAACUACAGCCCCUGGUAGAGAACCACACUUGUCUCACAGCUCAGGACAUAUGCUUACAACAUCUGCAGGCAAUGAAUUCAUCAAGGUCUUGGAAGGUAAUACUGUUUCAGCAAAUAACCAAGUUAGAAACACUCAUACAACAAACAUUUCAGUAUCUAUAGAAAGUGUCACUACACCAGUGUCACUUUCUGAGCUUAGUUUCUCAAAGAUUCCAGAAUUCAAAGAAGAAUCUUUUCUUACUAGCUCAUCAGCUUCAAGGAAUGAAGUUGACCUAAGAGUAGCUCAGUCAAGACCUUCCCAGGUACAGCAUUUGAGUACUGCUGAUGGCAUGGGGGAACACUUUAAGGAUCCUCCAACUAUAGAUGAACAGGAUACAUUUUCAGAUUCUCUAAAGAUAAGUACAGUGACAACAUCUCCUCAUCAAAGAGAAAUACUGACUUCAUCUCUCCAUGGUAUGGGUGAUCACAUUUUCACACCUGCAAAAACUAAACAAGUGAUCAGUCCUUGGCAUAAUAAAACACCAUCUUCAAGGCUCACAAAGGGAAGAAUUACUCAGUUGCAUGAUCAUCAUGAUCAGACUAAUGCAUAUAGAACUGAAAAAAACUAUCCCCCAGUAUUACCCAUUCCAUCCGCACCAUUAGCCACUACUCUUCCUCCAUCAAAGCCAAGCACUACAAAAGAAAAUGACACAUCUGGUCAACUAGCACUUCCAGACAUCAAAAGAUUCAGUCUCGGCCCACGACAGAAUGAACUUUCCACUUCCCAUUCAAACUACAACAGAAUAACAUCACAACAAAGGCAACCGAAAGAACCAUAUGGUGGUAGGAGAUACAAUACACUGAAUCCAAAUAUUCCCAACCAGCCAAUUGGAAUUAUACCCAUUUUUAAUCAGGCACCUGCUUUUGCACCUCCAAAACAGAUCCCUGCAAGAGGGACCAUGAGACCUCCAUAUCUCAUUGCACCAGGUCUGUACCACCAUUUUGUAACUCACCAGGCCCCCCUUCACUAUACCAAUAAGCCAGAAAUUACAGCUUACGCAGCACAUACCACACAGGACAGAAGAACCUCUUCUCCUCAUACAGAGACCUUUCCCACCACAACUGUUGCUCCAUUACACAGACCUAAGUUGCAGACCCCCAGCAGAUUUGGCAACCAGGGAGAAAACAGACUCAACAGUCACUCCAGAGUUUUUGCCAGUAACUACCUUCCUGACACCAGAGACAAGCCUGGAAGAACAAUAAAUCAAGCUGUACCCUAUCUUCCCAAUUCCAGAAUACCAUUCCUGUUGAACAGAACUAGGGCAUUCCAACAAUUGGGAGUAAACUCUAAACCUAUAGUGCCUAAUCCGCUUUACCCAAUUAGCACAACCGAGAAGAAAUUUGUCUCUCCAACCAGGGUGAUCACACAAAGCACUCCUCUAAGGGCUGCAGCUACCCCCAUGCCUCCAGUGCCCCUUGAUACUACGCUGCCAUCUGAGAGUACUACUCCUAGCAUUAAGCCACAAGGGACUUCCACAAUGCAGUCCUCCAGAAACAUCCACUACAAUAAUCCUAAUGUGCUAUUUGUGCCUAAAAUUGGAGGAGUGAAGGCACUUAAUUCCAGCAUGAUCCAGCCUUCAGCACAUUUCAAGAUACAAGGAGAGAGGCCUAAGAUUAUAACAAAAGGAUCUAACAGUCUAUCCAUCCUUGCUGAAUCAGAUGCUGUUAUCCCAUGUGAUGCCACGGGAGAACCCAAGCCUUUCCUAUCUUGGACAAAAGUAUCCACCGGAGCUGUCAUGACAGCCAAUACAAGGAUACAACGAUUUGAAGUCUUGAAAAACGGUACGUUCCUCAUUCGCAAUGUUCAGCUUCAGGACCGUGGACAGUAUUUGUGCACUGCUCAGAACCUGCAUGGUGUUGAUAAAAUGAUAGUCUCGGUGACCGUCUUAGCUCAGCAGCCCAAAAUGCUGGGUUUCCGCUUCAGAGAUGUGACUGUUUAUUUUGGAGAAAAAGUGAGCAUGGAGUGCCAAGCCAAUGGCGUUCCAAGUCCCCAUAUUUCUUGGAUUUUUCCCGACAGGAAAAUAUUACAAACUGUGAGCACUACAGAGGGAAGAGUGAUGCUGUAUGAAAAUCGAACCUUGUCCCUCAAGGAUACUAACUUCUCAGAUCGUGGAGUAUAUAAGUGUAUAGCCAGCAACGCUGCAGGAACCGACAGUCUUGCCGUGAGGCUUCACAUCGCUGCCUUGCCACCUAUUAUCCAGCAGGAGAAACAGGAAAACAUUACCCUCAGCGUGGGGCAGAACAUUAACAUUCAUUGUAGUGCCAAAGCAGCUCCUCUGCCUGGCAUCCGCUGGGUGCUUUUUGAUGGAACCCAGAUCCGCACUUCCCAGUUUGUCCGAGGCAAUCUGUUUGUUUUUCCAAAUGGAACUCUUUACAUACGUAAUGUCUCUCCCAAAGACAGCGGGAGCUACGAAUGCAUUGCAGCCAACAUGGUUGGUGCUGCCAGGAGAACCGUAUGGUUGCAUGUCAGAAAGCAGUCCACGAAUGCCAAGAUUACUGGGAGCUCUCCUCAGAGAACAGAUGUGACCUAUGGCAGCACCCUGAGACUGGACUGCAGCGCAUCUGGGGACCCCUGGCCACGGAUACUCUGGAGGCUGCCUUCAAAAAGAAUGGUGGAUUCUCUACAAAGUUUGGACAGCAGAAUCAAGGUAUUUGGCAAUGGAACUUUGGUUGUUCAUUCCAUCACUGAAAAGGAUGCAGGGGACUAUCUGUGUGUGGCCCGCAACAAGAUUGGAGAUGAUUAUGUGGUUCUUAAAGUGAAUGUGAUGAUGAAACCUGCCAAAAUCGAACACAAGAAUGAGAAUAACCGCAAGGUGAUGUAUGGAGGGGACCUGAAAGUUGACUGUGUAGCUACAGGUCUGCCAAACCCUGAGAUCUCCUGGGGCCUUCCAGAUGGCAGCAUGAUCAAUACUCUCAUGCUAGCAGAUGACAGUGGGAGCCGAACAAAGAGAUAUGUCGUAUUCAACAAUGGGACACUGUUCUUCAAUGACGUAGGGCUGAGAGAAGAGGGGGACUACACCUGCUAUGCUGAAAACCAGAUUGGUAAAGAUGAGAUGAAAGUGCGGGUCAAAGUAGUGGCCGAACCUGCAACAAUUAGGAAUAAAACCUACUUGGCUCUCAACAUCCCAUAUGGAGAUGUGGCAUCUGUAGGAUGUGAAGCAAAAGGAGAGCCCACACCCAAAGUGAUGUGGUUGUCUCCAAGCAACAGACCUAUCCCACUUUUGUCAGAUAAAUAUCAGGUGUACAGGGAUGGGACGCUUCUCAUACAGAAGGCCCAAAGAUCUGACAGUGGCAACUACACAUGUGUAGCCCGGAAUUCUGCUGGGGAAGACCGGAAAGUUGUCUGGAUCCAUGUCAAUGUUCAACCUCCAAAAAUAAAUGGGCACCCCAGUGCCAUCACCUCGGUGAGAGAAAUGGCCCUGAGAGACAGCCGGAAGCUCAUUGACUGUAAAGCUGAAGGCAUCCCAACUCCACGGGUCAUGUGGGCUUUCCCAGAAGGAGUGAUCCUGCCUGCUCCCUAUUAUGGGAACAGAAUUACUGUGCACCGCAAUGGCACACUAGACAUCCGAGGAGUGAGACAGACAGACUCAGUGCAGUUGGUGUGCAUUGGCAGGAAUGAAGGGGGAGAGGGCAGGCUGAUUGUGCAGCUGCAGGUCAUGGACCAUGUGGAAAAGCCAGCCUUUCGGGAUCCAGUCACUGAAAGGAUCACUGCGGCAGCAGGACACAGUAUCAAUCUGAACUGCUCAGUGCAUGGGACUCCUCAGCCUAGCACAGCCUGGAUCCUUCCCAAUGGCACCGAGCUGCAGAAGAGCAGCCAUUUGCACCGAUUCUACCACAAGAGGGAUGGAAUAUUACACAUCAGUGCCUUGUCUGCAGCAGAUGCUGGGACUUACCGCUGCACAGCCAGGAACCCAGGUGGUUAUGCAGAAAGGGUGGUCUUCCUCAAAGUGGGGUUGAAACCAGAAAUCAGCAAUCAGUAUAACAACUUAGUGAGCAUCAUCAACGGGGAGACCCUGCAGCUUCACUGCAUCACCCAGCCUAGCCAGCAAGCUCGCAUAACCUGGACUCUACCCAAUGGGAUGGUGUUAGAUGGUCCCCAGGCUGUUGGGCGAUUUUCCCUGUUAGAGAAUGGCUCUCUCACAGUGCGUGAAGCAUCCGUGUUUGACAGAGGUACUUACCUGUGCAAGGUCACGACCGAAUAUGGCUCUUCCCUUAUGAAUGUCCCAGUGAUUGUGAUAGCCUACCCACCCCGGAUCACAAGCGAACCAGCUCCCAUCAUUUACGCAAGGCCAGGCAAUACAGUGAAGCUGAACUGCAUGGCCAUUGGGAUCCCUAAAGCAGAAAUAACGUGGGAUCUCCCAGACAAAUCACAUCUGACAACAGGAGCUCAAUCCCGUCUGUAUGGAAACAAAUUCCUUCACCCUCAGGGCUCAUUAAUCAUCCAGCAGGCUACACAAAAGGAUGCAGGCUUCUAUAAAUGCACUGCUAAAAAUAUACUAGGCAGUGAUUCAAAAGCAACCUACAUACACAUAUUCUAAAGUUUU